AUGAGCAGAUCCGCAGGCUCAGACAAAGACGCGGGCUUCAAGCGUGCAAACGAAAUCAGCAGCUCCAUGUUGGGCAUGCCGGGAUAUGCUGAUGACUCCAUGCUAUUCGUCGUCCGGUUUGCCAAUAAGCUCAAGGUAAACAUCUACUUGCUCAACUACUUCCCCGCAGAAUGGACUCGGCUCAGCCAGAAAGACCACGACCAGUUCUGGAAGUCCCUCGACGCUAUGAACAAGGCGAGCGCCAGGCCCGCCGAGGAAUUCGGUGGUCUUGAGGGCCGCGCCCAACACGUCUCGGCGCUGCGCCAGGCCACCCUCGAGUCCGUCAAGGAUUACCCAGACCUCGUCCAGGAGUUCGACCACUUCUGCAACGUGUCGAGGGCGCAAUUCAAGAAGUUCAGGGGAGAGGCCCCCUCGGCAUCCUCCUCCUCAACACCAGCGACGUCGGAGGCGAGCUGA